GCUCCUCCACCAUUGCCUAACCGGCUCCUUGACCUCGUUCUUCUCAAGCAGUCAAGCAGCAACACCAUUACUCCAUCCAAGUAUCCAACACCAUAGCCCAUGGCACCUGUGUAGCGGCUAGCUUCUUCUCCUAGCUAGGGAGAUGGUGGGGACAGGGGCGUUGGGCUCCGUCAUCGUCAAGCUCGCCACCUUGCUCGGCGACGGGCACACGAUGCUCAAGAGCGUUCGCAAGGACAUCGCGUUCCUCGAGCGCGAGCUCCGCACGAUGCAGAUCCUGGCGACUAUGCUGGUGGGCAUGGAGGGGCUCGACAAGCUGGCCAAGGGCUGCAUGGGCAGCAUGCGGGAUCUCGGCCACGACAUGGAGGAGUGCAUCGACCGCUUCAUGCUCCGCCUCGACGAAAACGACAUGGAGAUGGAGGCCGCGCCCACGUUCCCGAGGAGCACCGCACGGCAGCUCAAGGCAAUGUUUGCCCGCCAUGGCGUCGGGGCCCAGAUCAAGAAGCUCAAGGCCCGCGUCGUUGAGGAGGGUGAGCGGCGGCGAAGGCUGAAUCUGGACAACUAUGUCCAGAUGAUGAUAGAUCCUCGGCUGGCUGCGUUACACGGAGUGGCCAAGGACUUGGUGGCCAUUGACGGCCCCAGGAACGAGGUCAUCUCUUUGUUGACGGAGGAGAGCGUGGACCUGAAGGUGGUGGCUGUUGUUGGAGGUGCUGGGUUGGGAAAGACCGCCCUUGCCAUGGAGGCCUAUCGCAAGAUUGGGCGGCACUUUAAGUGCCGAGCUUCUGUGUCGGUGUCACGCACCCCUGACCGUGACAAGCUCUUCAAAGAUCUCCUUUCUCAAAUCGACCAGGCUGCAUUUCAUGAUUGUCAGUCGGAGAGGUGGGAUAAAGAUCAACUAAUCCGUCAGAUCCGACACAUUUUGACAGGAAAGAGGUACUUCCUUGUGAUUGAUGAUGUAUGGAAAGAACAAGACUGGAAAUUCAUCAAAGGUGUUUUCCCUGACAAUCAUAAUGGUAGCAGAAUAAUUGUUACUACACGCAUAGCCAAUGUAGCUAAGUCAACUUGUUCUAACUCUGGCGGUCAGCUCUAUCAAAUGCUACCUCUGAACUAUAUUGAUUCCCGAAGAUUGUUCUUUAGGAGAAUUUUCCACUCCGACAACUCCUGCCCUCCUCAACUAGAAAAGAUUUCAGCUAGGAUCUUAAGGAAAUGUGGUGGUCUGCCAUUGGCUAUAAUUACCAUCGCAAAAUUGCUAUCCAAUAAACAUCAAACCCCAGAUGAAUGGGAGAGACUCCAAGGUUCCAUUGGUACUGGUCUUUCAUAUAAGAGUGAUAAUCAUGGAAAUGGUAUGGGCCAUAUAUCACUACUUAGUUAUUGGGAUCUUCCACACCACUUGAAGACUUGCUUGUUGUACUUGUGCAUAUAUCCAGAGGGCGAGUAUAUCUCGUGUGAAGAAGUGAAGUGGAAAUGGAUUCUUGAAGGAUUCAUUGCCACAAAACGGGGAAAUUUGUAUCAAGAAGCAGAGAGUUGUUUCAGUGAACUUGUCAACAGAAGCAUGAUCCAGCUAGUUGAUGUUGACGAUGGCAACUUUGAACGAUAUUGUCAGGUUCAUGCGAUGGUGCAUGACCUUCUAAUAUCCUUGUCAGAUUAGGAGAGUUUUGCCAUUGUUUAGAUGGUGAUAAGCUUGGGCUGCACAAUCAUGUGCCAUGCCAUUGUAUUUCCUGGGAAUAUGUAUAACCAGAAUUUGAACAUUGGCUGUGAAAGCUAGAUGGCUCCUGAUUUCCCAAUGUGUUCAGGGUUGUUGUGAAGAUCUCUAGAUGAAGCGGCAUGUGCUAGAAUCGGAUUAUCUGUGGUGAAUAUGAUCUCUCCUGUUGUGAUUGUUGUGGCUACUUGGGCAGCCGUUUGAAGAGCCAAUGCUUUUAGUUGGAGUGGAGAACUGACUUGCACAUCUUCUGCUGGGAUGCUAAUGUUACCCUGCUGCUAUUCUUCUUGCACUUGAAUGUAGAUCUGCUGUUAAUUGUAUAAUCUGCUGGCUUCCAUGCUCCAUCUGUGGAAACUUGGCAACCUGAUCUUGUAAUGUGCUGUUUUGUUUUGUUUUUGCCAACCUGUUUGUGCCAUGUCAUGUGUUUGGUUCUGCUCCUGAUGUGAGCGUUUUCUUCAUUGUGGAGAAAAAACAUAUAGAGGUAGUAUUUGAGAAUUCAGAGUCUAGGUAUCA